CUGAAGUAACAGAGCAUUGCGCCUAUAAAUACCCUCAUCCUCCCCGUCGAUCUCUCACAAAGCUCUUCGUCUCCUUCCUCUUCGAUCCCGUUCUCUCCUCAGCUCCCGUGCUCAUCAGCGAUGGCGAACAAGGAUGAGGCUUCUUCCUCCUCCGAUCCCAGGGGUACGAAGAGAGAUUAUAGCACGGCGAUCCUGGAGCGCAAGAAGGCGGCGAAUAGGUUGGUCGUGGAUGAGGCGACGAACGACGACAACUCCGCCGUUUCGAUGAAUCCGGAGACCAUGGAGAAGCUCCAGCUUUUCCGCGGCGAUACGAUACUCAUCAAGGGCAAGAAAAGGAGAGAUACUAUCUGCAUUGCGCUCGCUGAUGACACAUGCGACGAGCCGAAGAUAAGGAUGAAUAAGGUUGUCAGAUCGAACCUGAGGGUGAGGCUUGGGGAUGUGGUGUCUGUCCACCAGUGCCAGGAUGUUAAGUACGGAAAGCGCGUCCACAUACUUCCUAUUGAUGAUACCAUCGAAGGCAUCACAGGAAACUUAUUUGAUGCAUAUCUGAAGCCAUAUUUCCUCGAGGCCUACCGUCCUGUUCGGAGAGGCGAUCUCUUCCUUGUCAGAGGAGGGAUGCGAAGUGUUGAAUUCAAGGUGAUUGAGACAGAUCCUGCUGAGUAUUGUGUCGUGGCACCUGACACCGAGAUCUUCUGUGAGGGUGAACCCAUAAAAAGAGAAGAUGAAGAGAGGCUCGAUGAGGUGGGCUAUGAUGAUGUUGGAGGCAUGCGCAAGCAAAUGGCUCAGAUUCGUGAGUUAGUCGAACUCCCACUCAGGCACCCCCAACUGUUCAAAUCGAUCGGCGUGAAGCCACCGAAGGGAAUUCUUUUAUAUGGCCCUCCUGGUUCUGGGAAGACUUUAAUUGCUCGAGCUGUAGCUAAUGAAACUGGUGCUUUCUUCUUCUGCAUUAAUGGUCCAGAGAUCAUGUCAAAAUUAGCUGGGGAGAGUGAAAGCAAUCUUAGAAAAGCUUUCGAGGAAGCAGAAAAGAAUGCUCCGUCUAUUAUUUUUAUCGAUGAGAUAGACUCCAUUGCUCCUAAGAGAGAGAAAACUCAUGGAGAAGUUGAACGGCGUAUUGUUUCUCAGUUGUUGACUUUGAUGGAUGGCUUGAAAGCACGAGCGCAUGUCAUUGUUAUCGGCGCUACUAACAGGCCUAACAGUAUUGACCCUGCUCUGAGAAGGUUUGGAAGGUUUGAUAGGGAAAUUGAUAUUGGAGUGCCUGAUGAAGUUGGGCGCCUUGAAGUUCUUCGGAUCCACACAAAGAACAUGAAGCUAGCGGAAGAUGUUGAUUUGGAGAGAAUUUCCAAGGACACCCAUGGAUAUGUUGGUGCUGAUUUGGCUGCAUUGUGCACUGAAGCAGCUCUUCAGUGCAUUCGGGAGAAGAUGGACAUAAUUGACUUGGAAGAUGAAUCUAUUGACGCUGAGAUAUUGAAUUCAAUGGCUGUUACUGAUGAUCAUUUCAAGACCGCUCUUGGAUCCAGCAAUCCCUCCGCUCUCCGUGAAACUGUUGUUGAAGUGCCUAAUGUCAGUUGGGAUGAUAUUGGUGGCCUUGAGAAUGUCAAGAGGGAACUGCAAGAGACUGUCCAAUAUCCAGUCGAGCAUCCUGAGAAGUUCGAGAAGUUUGGUAUGUCACCUUCGAAGGGAGUACUUUUCUAUGGGCCACCAGGUUGUGGCAAAACUUUACUGGCCAAGGCUAUUGCAAACGAGUGUCAAGCGAACUUUAUCAGCGUGAAGGGUCCCGAGCUGCUCACUAUGUGGUUUGGUGAGAGUGAGGCAAAUGUUCGUGAAAUUUUUGACAAGGCUCGCCAAUCUGCACCCUGUGUCCUCUUCUUUGAUGAGCUUGAUUCGAUUGCAACUCAGAGAGGAAGCAGCGUUGGAGAUGCCGGCGGUGCUGCCGAUAGAGUUCUCAACCAGCUCCUGACAGAGAUGGACGGCAUGAACGCAAAGAAAACCGUGUUCAUUAUCGGAGCUACUAAUAGACCCGACAUCAUUGAUCCGGCUCUUCUCAGGCCCGGCCGACUUGACCAGCUGAUCUAUAUUCCUCUUCCCGACGAGGCUUCUCGAUACCAGAUAUUCAAAGCUUGCCUCAGGAAGUCCCCUGUUGCUAAAGACGUCGAUCUCAGCGCUCUUGCUAAGUACACCCAGGGAUUUAGUGGUGCGGAUAUUACUGAAAUUUGCCAACGCGCGUGCAAGUAUGCUAUAAGGGAAAACAUCGAAAAGGACAUAGAAAGGGAGAGGAGAAAGAGCGAGAACCCGGAAGCAAUGGAGGAGGAUGUUGCCGACGAGGUGGCGGAGAUCAAAGCCGUCCACUUCGAAGAGUCGAUGAAGUUUGCGCGCAGGAGCGUGAGCGACGCCGACAUCCGCAAGUACCAGGCGUUUGCGCAGACUCUGCAGCAGUCGAGGGGGUUUGGUAGCGAGUUCCGCUUUGAUCGGUCCGAGACAGGUGCUGCGGCCGGAGCCGCCGGUGCCGACCCGUUUGGUGCUUCCGGUGCCGCUGCCGAUGACGACGAUCUAUACAGUUAAUUUAUGAUAAUCGAAAUGAUUUGAAACUAUUGAUAUUUUUUUCUUUGCUAGUAGGGAUGCUUCCGCUUAAUUUAUUGUGCUGGAAGAAACAGUUGAUCUCUUUUGGGUUGAUUGCGCUGUUUCAAUUUAUACCAUAGACAAAGUUUAUAAUUAUUUUCCAUUUUUUCA